GAAGGACGGCGAAGCUAUGCCGCUUGGGCGUGAGGGUGACAGUGACUGAGCUCUGCGUGUGCAAAGGAAUAAGAGCUUUUUUGGAGGAGAUCUUUGUUUCGAUAUAGACAACUAAUAUUCUUAAGUGUAUAGAAGACUCGCACGACGCCGUUUGUGAAGAUAUACUCGUGGUUGCUAAUUAUGUCUCGAAAUGUAUAUAGAACUAAUAUACUAACAUUUAAUUAGAAAACACACGGUAUUGACAUAUAGUACUGAACUUGAUAACUGCCAAGUGUUCCGCGAGUGCACGAAGUGGAAAUGAUCUCCAAGGAAGUUAACUAAAGGAAUCGAAACCGAUUUGUGGAUACGAAAAAUCACCCCACGACUUUACGAAAGGCCUCCGUCAGGAUGUUAAAGUGGACUCUCCGCAACCCCAGUGACGCCCCAACGCCCCCUCCGCCCGAAGUAAGGUACCAAGUGCGAGAAGCGGAGGUUAAACUCAAUCUCAAGGACUCAAACAAAUGCUGGAUGGAAAACCAGGUAAAAGUGGCCCAAGUUCGGUCUACCUCAAGGAUCCUGGGAACAUCCAAAGAAAACGGAGAUGAGCUCUGUCAUGAGAACGGGAAACUCGGCCACGGGAAGGAGAACGAAUCUAUUUUCAAGAAGUGGAUUUCUUCCGCACACAACGAGGAAGACAAGAAAAGAAAACGACAUCACAAACACAUAAGAUGUAAUCCGCUGGACCCGCUUCGCCUCUUCUCCGGCGAGGUGACCGACAGCGACACCGGCAGCGUGUACAUGAAGCUCGACCACACGCCCGCCGCCCUGCAGCCCCGCCCACAGGUCGUCGCCACCACGGGCCCGCACGACCCCCGCAGGAAGCCCCUCAUCGACAUCUCCAACGGCGACUACAGCGACCUGAGGAAGCAUCUCCAACAGAUCUCCGCCUCACACCUCCACCAUCCCUAUCACCACCAUCACCACCACCAUCACCAACAGCAGCAGCAGCAGCAACAACAUCAUCAUCAUCACCAUCACCAUCACUCGGAGUUGCCUCCUUAUCUCCAACAGUUCGCUCCUUCCUCGCGCCAUGUUCACCAUCAUCACCAACACAGUUAUGGUCAGGAGGGACAGUUCCAAACUGCAGCCCUUGGCCACGCCCACCUCCCCCGCCCAGAGCCCCUGGGCGCCACCGCCUCCCAGGCCAACCUCCUCCGCGGGCACCGCCAUCGCUCGAGCUCUUCCUCCAGAUCCAGAUCGCGUUCCUCGUCGCGAUCGCGUCCCAUGGCGGCCGUGAACUCCAGCCUCCUGGCCGGGAGCACCGUCGCCUUCCCCACCACGACCGUCGCCGUCGCCUCCGCCACCACUACCACCACCACCAUCACCACCAGCAGCAGCUACCGAGGCAUGGCGGAGGGGCAGAGCCAGUCCCGCCUCCAUGAAGUUCGCGGAGCGUCCAUUUCCUCUUCCUCCUCCUCCUCCUCCACCAACGCCCUCAAGAGGCAUUCCAUCGCCGACAUCCCGACGGAGUCCUCCUUCCGCGGCGUGUGGGAGAUCCAGAAGGCGCGGCGAGGGCGGUCGUCGAGCCACGAGAGGAAGCGGGACGGCUCGCGCGAGAGGGUGCGGCUCCCGAGGUACAGCAGGGACCGGAGAAAAGAGGACGAGGAGCAGCCGGAGGAGAGAGGUCGGCAGGGCAGCGAGCGCGUCGAGGGGCGGAGGGCGAGUCGCGAGAGGGCGAAGGAGGAGCCCAUCUACGAGAAGGUCGGCAGCGCGAACACCUCCGGCUCGAGCAUAACCUCCAAGAAAUCCAAGAGCAUCUCGGGCUCAAGCAUCAGCUCGAGGAAGAGCCAGAACUCCUACGACAACGCCAUCUACAUGUCCAUGAAGGAUUUACGAGCGCACUGCCAGCUGGAGGAUGUCGAGGAGUGGGACAACGACCACCUGUACUCCUCCCUCCACGUGCGGAUCUCGCCCGACCCCAACAAGACGCCCGUGCACAUGCGCGACCACCUCUACGAAAACAUGCUCUACCUGCCCAUGACGGAGAUUAAGAACGUGCUCAAGAAGUCGCUGGACCGCAAUCGUCCGCUCCCGGACCCCCCGAACUUCGACGACCAGAGCGAGCUGGACGACACCUGCGCCUUCACCUCCGAGCCCCAGAAAGACAUCCACAAGCCCGUGGCCAUCAAGAUCUCCAACGACCUCAUCGCUCGCUUCGGCAAGUCCCCCAACGACAGGCAGCACCCGAUGCCGCAGUACGGGCUCUACAUCGCCUCCCAGCCGUCCAAGAAGCCGUGCAAGAUGGCCGAGGGCUGCCAGGACGAGGAGGUGCACUCGAGCCACGAGGCCAAGCCCACCAAGGUGUACAAGAGCACGGGCCAGCACGUCCACAUCAACUACUCCGAGAAGCACGCCGAGCCCACCAUCCCGCUGCACAACCUGAGGCCGCCUCCGCCGCCGCCUCCGAGAAAAUGCAAGUCCAGCCAGAGUUCGAGCAUCACGAAGAGCAAGACGAAAUCUAAGGCUUCGAGCAAACAGAAAUCCGAGUCGCACCUUCCUGUUAUCUACGAAAACACUCGCCAGGAGGAAGAGCUGACUCAGUCUGCGAAAAAGCGAAAACUGCGCCACAGUAUGGCGAUAGAAUUUAGUUUUGACGACGACGAUAAUCCCAUUAACAAAUCGUCUGAAGACGCCAGCGUGGAGGGUUCGACUCCUCGCGGUCAUAACACAUCGAGUAGUGAUAACCCUGAUAGCGGUGUUUCCGAGGGCAUCACUACGCCUUUGGUAAGUCCCAUGAGCGCCCCGAGAAGCCCACAGACUCCGCGAAGUGACAGUUUACUUGAGGAACCCUGCACACCCCUCAGCAUGGAGGAUCUUCACUCAUUCAAAGAAAACGGUCAGGCAAAGCUAACUAAAGAAAACGUUGAGGCGAGCAGGAACUCAACUAUUUUUUCUAAUGUGUCCCACGAUAUCACUGAUCCUCGUUUUCUUGAAAGUUUUCUCAAAGACGGACCAUUCUCUCGCAGGAGUUUUGCAGGGCAAUCUAGUUUUCUUACUGAAGCAUGCAUUGACGAUAUGUUUCAUCAGAUAAAACCUCCAUCUUUGCAGCAAACAAUGUCUAGCAUUUCAUGUUCACACUUAGACUCCUUUUGUCUUAGUCCUAAACAAUACUUCGACACGCUAAAGAGUAAAAGCGCUGAUGUGAGUAAAAUGCUUUUAAGUGCUGUAGGAAGGAAUUUAUUUUCCGAAUCAACCAAAGUCUCCACGCCGAACCGCACCGCCGCAACGCUGGACACGUCCGCGUCGCGCCGCCAUUCCGUGGCCGGCCUGGAGGACAUUUCCCGUAGACUUUCAAAGAUCGAGUUCAGCGACGACACCUCGCUGUGGGGGAUGGAGGUGUCUGACCACUGCGACUCGGCUCUCAAGAAGUCCAAGUCGCUGCAGUGUCUGAGCUCAUCGGCGGCGCUGUCCUCCCCGCCCAACGUGCCCCUCAUGGAGUCCAUGGCGGAAAUCUUAAAGGACCCCGAAGCGAGAUGCGAUUCCCGGGCCUUCCGCGGCCUGGACGUCAAUGGCGAGCAAACGAGCCCCAACACAAGUGAACAAUCGGGACAAUGGUGGGCAGGAGGCUGCGGGGAGGAGGACGAGGGGGAGGAGACAGGCGGGGGGCGGGCCACAAAAGGGUCAGGUAGGGCAGGUGGGCAUGCGGACGGUGCGACGGGCUCACUCGCGUCCUCGCCGGCGUCCCAGCACCACCAGCCCCCGCCCGCCGCUGCCCAGCCCAGCCCGACCCACCACCGCUCCCCGAACAGAAACCCGACACUACCACUUCCGGUGGAGAUGAGCGGUGGGCUGCAUCUGGCCGUGGGGCACGAGGGUGCCUGCUUCUCAGUGCCUCUCGGGCCGUCAUCCUGUGAGGACAGUGCUCGGCCAGACCUGAGUCAGUGCGUUAGUGGUUGUGGCGACUCCGAUUCUCAGGACGGCAGCUUUAAGGACCCGCUGACGGCGCGGCAGCAGCGGCGCCGAGAAGAGAGUUCAUAUCGCCUACAGCGCAUGCUACAAGACAAUGCGCAGCCGCUGGUAGAAGACGAGCCUGAGGAAUCCGUGAGCGCCGACUGGUCUAUGGAAGCUCUGCUGGACGAGUACUCAACCUUCGACCACCAGGACCUCGACGAAGAGCUGAGCGAGGAAGCGCCUCCCUCCCCGGACUCCGUGGCUGACUCCAUCAGCCUGUGCACACUCGACAGCGACGCGGCUGACAACGUGUUCCUCAGCCCGAAAUUGGUCGAGAAGAUUAAGCAAGUGUCGGAGGAGAAGAUGUUGGCCAGGCUGAGGAAGUCGUUCCGCAGCAAGAAGGGGAAGGGCGCGCCCGCCGCCGCCGCCACCACGGCUCCUGCGGACGCCCCCGUGGCCCCGAAGGUGGGGAUCUUCAUGUUUGUGGACAACCCCAUGUACUUAAGUCCUGAUGUGAAGAAAGAAGUGAAAUUUGUGAGGCCUCACAUUGCAAAGAAUGAGGACGAAGGACGCAACAAUGUCUGGUACGUGGGAAACCCCAUGUACCACUCGCCAGAGCCGAGCAAGGUGAGAAAUGUGAACUACGAAGUGCGCCAAAAGGUGUUGUGCGAAAAGGAAAACAUGCGGAACUCGCGCAUCGCGAAGGUCGUGUGCCAGAACAAUAAUAACCGGAAGCCACUGGCGAACAUCUGGCUGCAGAGUAACCCGUGCUACGAGUCGCCGGACAUCAAGACCCUGCAGGCUAAGCAGACCGGCGCCGCCCACCGCCUGGCGGCCAAGGUGCACGAGAGCACCUACCUGACGCCCAUCCCAGUGAAGCCGCCGAGGGACUUCGCGCCGCGCCCGGCCGUCGCCCCGGCGCCGAAUCCCGCGCCCGAGGACGACGACGACAUCCUGGACCACCAGAAGUUCCUCGACCACGAGUACUGCACCAUCCCCGGCGACGAGUCCGACUCGUGGGUGACCCAGUCCUCGGCCUCGAGGAAGAGCGACUCCCCCUUGGCCAGGAGGAGCCUGGAGUUCGGCGCCUCCUGCAAGACGCCCAAGGGCAAGAAGGGCGCCAGGGUGGCCCGCUCGCCCGUCACGCCGUCGCGCAUUUGGAGGCAGACCACCAGGACGCAGCACUCCACGCCGAGGAAGUACCAGGGCACCUUGGAGAAGAACCUGGACACGGGGGCGCCCCUGGGCACGCGCUCGCACAGGACGCCCCGGGCCGUCAAGAGGGGGAAGAAGACCCGCGAGACAGUCCAGAACGACUCUCCCUCGCCCACUCCACCCCCGCUUCCCGCACGCCCACACCACACCCUCCGCCACUACGACAACGACCGCUCCAACGACACCGUCGGCCUGGAGGACACGAACGACUUCCACCGCCAGCCGCAGGACGAUCUUGACGACACGUCCAAGUUCCAGCUCCCGCCCGACAGCGUGUACGAGAGCAUCACCUUCCUGGAGAGGGGCGUCGACCCCCACGACCUGCCGCCGGGCUACACGCCCCGCCGGCACCACCUGCGGCAUCCGUCGGGCAACUCCUCGACCCUGACGCUCUCCCCGGCCCUGAGUCGCCCUUGCUCCUCCAGGGGCAGCCGAAGCAGGAGCCAUUCAAAAAACGGGCUGCGGUCAGGUUCCCCUUGCGAGGGGAGCCUGAGGGCGCGGGCGCGGAGGGGAUCCACCACCAAGAAGGUCAGCAAGAAAUACCGCGCCAGGGACGUGCUUGCGGGAAAGGGUCAGCUGAAGCUAGCAGUGUACGAGAAUUUCGGCCUUCUUACCAUACACAUUAUCGAGGCAAGGAAGUUAAAGUCACGGUAUUCUAGCGUGUGUAAUCCGUAUGUCAAGAUCUCCCUGGUGCCGGACUGCGUCGAGAGGACCUUCUGCCGCACGCCCCUCAUCCGCGCCACCAACGCCCCGAGCUUCGACCAGAAAUUCAGCUUCGAUUUCCUCCCCGAAGACUUGGAUAAGCGGCUCCUCAUCUCGGUGUGGAGUCGGGAUACCUUGAGGAAAAGGAGCGAAUUCCUUGGCUGUAUGUCCUUCAGCGUCGCCCACAUAUCAAACAAGCGAGUGCAUGGCUGGUUUCGCCUGCUGACGGAGACGCUGGGAAGGAGAAAGCACUUCGCUGUGUCCUUCCUCAACGCCACCACAUCCGGAGAGACGUCUAAGAGCAAGAUGGAGGAGGUGCUUAUCCUAGAUGACAACCAGCCUCCUACUACAGCGCACGAACCGUCGAGACACCGCGACAGACCAGAUAUUCACACUACGGGCUUGAAUCUGAACGAAAAUGAGCUGGUGGGCAGCAACAUCAUGCAACAACAGCAACAACAGCAGCCGAAGGGACAGACUCCGUAUACCAUCACCGUCAAUGUCGUUCGGGGAAACCAAGGUUUCGGCUUCAGCGUGGCGUGGACGAAGCCGCCCCGAGUCGAACGCGUUGAGCCGGGUCUACCAGCCGAGCAAGCCGGACUGAAGCCUGGCGAUUACAUCAUCUUCGUCGGGCAGUUUAAUGUCGUGAAAUAUGAGGAGGAACAGGUGCUCGACAUCAUCAGGGAUAGUGGCGACGUCCUGUCUAUGGAGGUCUACCGCCGCGGCGUCUCGAAGCACCCCCGGAGCUUCGUCAACGGCUUUGUCCCGUCUCGAACCGCUUCGGAACAGGGCCUCGCCAACGGAAACGAAUCCCACCCACGCAAGAAGCUCAGCCACAUUACCUUCAACACAGAGGUAGGAUGGGGCUUGAAUGUGUGAUGUGGUUGUGCCCUGGUUCAGAAAAGGAUGGGCGUGGCAGGUCCUUCAGAGGUAGGAGGAGGAGGAGGAGGAGGAUGGGCUGUGCUGAAGCGUGUGGAGGAGAAAUAGCGGGCGUCGGAACCUUUUAAAGAGGUGGAGACUGGAAAGGGUUCUGCUAAAACGUGUAUCGAGAAGAAUGAAACUGGUUUUAAUUGAAGAUUUGCUUUUUGUUCAUUUUUUUUUUAUGAGAUUUGGAAGGAUUCGUGAUUUUUUAUUAGAUUGACAGCGAAGGAUUGGAGAAUUCCGUGUGAUAGGAGCUUGAUUUGUGAAGGAUUGGUCUGACGUUAGGAUUACACUCUGAUCCUGAAGGUAGGAUGGGAGUUUCACCUGUGAAGGAUGACAUAAGGUCCUUCCAUGCGUGUCUUUUUACCCAUUUCCAAAUCCCUCUUCCUCUCCUCCUUUUUUUUCUCUUUUCUUCCUAUGCACCCAUUUCUUGCUUUUACCUUGCAGUACUAUAAAAAGUGCAAGUUGAUGACCAUUUUUUCCUAUUUUUUUGGAACUUGACUUUUUUUUUGAGAUUGAUGAAACAAAUGCUGCUUGCUUCUGCUUUCGCGAGCAUGAUGUUUAAGACAUUUUGUGAACAACUUCAUUGCACAAAUUUAGACAUAUGGGCAUGAACACAUACGCUCAUGACGCUAAAAAAAUUAACACACACACGAUCAAAAUAUUGAGUUGUGAAAUUUAUUUGUAAAUAUUUUCUGAAACUAAAAUAUUGGCACAGGCUUAAAAUCUUUAUCAAUUAUCAUGUUUAAAAUUGGAAAAAAACACUCUUUUUUCCCCUUUUUUCUGUAUUACAAAAUUACCUGAUUUGCAUAGCUGGGCCAAAUCGAAAAUAUAUAUUUUUUUCUAGAUGUUUUAGAAAUCUAACACUGACAUAUUGACGAUAACACUAAUUUUAGCCUAGGACCUUCCCUUCUUCACUGUUCUAUCUCUAUAUUAAUUAUAUCUUUGAAGAAAAACAUUGUGAUAAUUGACUAUAUAUUUAAUGUAUAUUCACGUGCACAAAGUACAUAGGAUAUAUCAUUUCAUAUAUUAUAAAGCGCCAGUAUACAUCACCACAGUAUUGUAUGCGAGUUCCUAUGCUGCAUGUAGAGUUGUUAUGUAGUAUGGUAUACCUCAUGUAUUAUAUCAUAGUACUAGAGCUGCAGUGUUGGGCAUAUAAACAUAUAUUUAUAUAAAUAUAUUUGUACGUGUAUAUAUUGUACAUGCUGAGAUAUAUAUAAAUAUAUAUAUAUUUUUUACACCCCCUUUGUAACACUUUGUAAUUUACUUUAGUGUACAUUUUUGUAUAUUUUGUA